AUGUACCGUGAUGCAUUCAUCUUAUUUAUGGGUUUUCAUCAUGUGUUUGUUGUUGUUGCUGUGUUGGUGUUCCAUUUCUUUAGAGACAGGCAAUUUCUUAGAACACAAAAUAUUUUGCUUACUAAACAUGAACAGUUUAGCGAAAUGUUGUUCGAUAAAUCUGCGGAGAUGUCUAGAAGAGAUAAAGCUGAAAUCGUCACAAUACCUAAUUUCUACGACAAGUUAGAGGAAUAUUUUUCUAUGUACACCAUCAGAGAUGACAAAGACAAGCGUUAUGUGAGAUGUAGUUUUGGGUUUGCUGUGUUUUUUGUGCAAUAUUCUCAGAAAUCAUACUGUCAUAGUGUUAAAACAUUAUUAUUAAUUAUGAUACUGUAA